AUGGUUUAUAUUUCCACGCAGACCAGCUUCUACCACAACAGUAGCGGUGAUAAAGGUGAUGGUGAUGUUGGUGGUGGUGGUGGUGGUGGUGGUGAUGGUGGUAGUAGCGAAUUUCAUAGGGAUGGUAACAGUGAUACAGUUGACACACACAAGCUACCAGUAGCGGUUUAUGCAAGAUACAUUCGGUUUUACCCAACUAAGCAACAUCGAUGGAACUGUCUUAGAGUGGAGGUGUAUGGAACAGCAGAUAUCGAUGAAUGCAUGGCGAACACUCAUGACUGUCAUCCAUCAGCGACUUGCACCAAUACAGAGGACUCUUUCACUUGUGCAUGCAACGAAGGAUACACCGGCGAUGGCAGAUCGUGUAUCGAUGUUGAUGAGUGUGCCGAUAACCAGGAUCAUUGCCAUCCUUCACUCGCCGACUGCUUCAACACCGAAGGGUCGUAUACGUGCCAUUGUCUUCUUAGAUAUGUAGGAGAUGGCACGGAUUGUACAGACGUCGACGAAUGUCAAACACAAGACCAUGAUUGUGAUCAAGAUUUGGAAGUCUGCUUAAACACCGUAGGAUCGUAUACUUGUAACUGCAUACCAGGCUUCACUGGAGAUGGUAAAAACUGCUUGCUAUCGUCGUUUUUAGAUAUUGAUGAAAAAGAACUCGCAGAUAAUUAUUCAAACGUUUCUCUGUCGAUCAGUGGCAUAACGCAAGGCGUUUGGUCCACUUCUGUAGAUCUCGACGAGUGCGCAAGUGGACAAAACAAUUGCCAUCAACAUGCCGUCUGUUCUAACAACAUCAGUUCAUUCACAUGCCAUUGCGAGAGCGGCUAUACUGGAGAUGGAUUUCUCUGUGAAGAUAUUAAUGAGUGCGCAAAUGAUCAGCAUUCCUGCCAUUUUCUUGCCAAAUGUUCCAAUACUGAAGGGUCCUACACGUGCUCCUGUGUUCUUGGAUACCAGGGAGAUGGCAUCCGACAAUGUGCAGAUCUCGACGAGUGCGCAAGUGGACAACACAAUUGCCAUCAACAUGCUGACUGCUCUAACAACAUCGGGUCAUUCACAUGUCACUGCCAGAGCGGCUAUACUGGAGAUGGAUUGUUCUGUGAAGGUAUUUUAUAAGACGCUAAAUCCUACAUGAGCCUAGAGUAUUCCACAUUCAGCUUCUUGUUUUAAUUAGCAGUAGUCCAGCACUGUGAAAUUCACAAAUGAAUUAGCAUCGACCGCAUUUUGUCUAAAACGUCCAUAUUAUUGGCAGAAUUAGUGUCAUCUCAAUUUGUUUCGCAGCAUUCACAUAGACAAUAUGAUACAUCUUGCAACGAGCAGCUCCCGUCCAGCCUCGUAGUUCAGUCGUCAUGAUUUCGAAUCCCACCGCGGUUCAAAUAAAUUUUUUUACCUCGCAAGGUCCGCAGUUUUCUGACGCUGGGAUCGGGAAAGAAAUAAUUGGGUUGAUUUCCAGGACUCCAGAUUACUCUGGAGUUUACGUUUUUCUUUCCAGCUUGAAGUACAUUGCGACAACUAUCUCCCAUUGAAGAUUCUCCCUAUUCUCAUUACUGAUCUUCCGGGCAAUGUUAAGUGCCAACUAAUUUAGCAUAAUACUCUUCUACAUCAUCAGCUUGUCCUAAAUAUUCACGCUGCAUCCAAACGUCACCCAAUUCCUGUGACUGCUGGUGCAAAUACUUCUAUCCUGAACGUCCGAAGGUUGAUGCGUGCCAAAAUCCCGGUGGGUAAACCUUGAAUUUGCCAUGAUACCAGUUGAAAUGGAAGGACGUAAAUCAAUUUAGUAGAGUGAAGCAACGAGCUAAACCAUUGUUAGGAAUUUACUGCACUUGGUUAAUCCAGUCUAGAUGGUUUAUAUUUCCACGCAGACCAGCUUCUACCACAACAGGUUAGAACUUUGUGACCAAGAUUAUGACAGACCUAUUAAGUUAUAACGAAAAAUGGAUAUCCAUUUCAAUUCGAGUACCACCGCAUUGAUGCACGUUCAAGAAAGAGAAACAAAUGUUGUUGUCGUUGUACGUUGUUGUU